AUGAAACGACAUCACCCCGACCCAAAGAGCCCCAGCUCUCCUCAACGAUCGAGAAAGUCGAGAUGGGAUGUCUCCGAUCGCAACCUCUCGAUCUCAACCACCGACUCCAUAAGUCCAUUAACCCUCGAAACCUCCCCAUGGGGCUCAACGACAACAGAGGCCGAGUUCCCAGUCUUUCCCGAAUCAAAAAUCACCUUUCACGAUCGCCCAAGCUUCCAUCCUCAGUUCAUCCCUCUCCUAUUACAUCUCUCCGCACGGCUCCGUCCGCUCGUCAACGUCGUGACUGGCCGAACACACCCCGACUUCCCCCAAACGAUGUUGGCCUACAAUCUACUUACCAUGGAACAAUGCGACGGCCUCGCUCGCCACUUCCAUCAGGUCUGGCCGCCAGUCCCGGCAAGCUUUCAUUAUCCGGUUUAUAUUACCCCGUGGAUUGGGACGCCUGAGGAGGAAACUACUGAUCUGCCCACGCGACUGCGUCGGCUGGGCCGCUUUUUCGGUUUGCGGGGGUGUGAGUCGCCUAUCGCUGAAGGAUUUGGAGAUAUGGAUUUUGAUUAUGAGAGUGUUGAUUAUGAGAACACUGAAUGUGAGGAGAUACCGAAUAUGUCAACAGAAGAAGCUGAGCUGCUUCGGCAGAUGGAGGUGGAGUGGCAGCAGGCGCUGCAGAGGGCUUAUGCGGAGGAGGCCCAUAGAUGGAACCUCAAGUGA